CGGCUCUGCCAACCUCAGUAUCCUCGUCCACGGUCCAUACGGCCGGUCGCGUGUUGUGCACGUUCCGCGGACCGCAACAACAGUCCAAUUGUCCGUCCGCCCGUCCGCGGCGUUGUUGUUUUCGUUGGCUUCCCUCCGGUCGUUGCCCGCGCGACGUUCGGUAAUUCGAUUACGUCCGAGACGUUCGGUCGGCCCCGCGACGCGCGUGUACGCAUCGUCGUUUCGUUUUUCCGGACUCGCGUCGGCCAUGUUCAGCGUCGAGGUCGUGGACACGGCUUUCCGCGACGCGUUGAUCCAGGACAAGGACGUGGACAUCAAACACUACGUGUCCGCCUACCGGGAACUCUGCAAGUAAUACCCCACGCGCGACGUAAUAUUUUCCCGGCACAUUGUAGGAAUUAUUAGUUGGAAAUGCAGACGGAAACAGUGAGUGAAACCGCCCAAAUGAUGAACGUUAGUGAAAAAUUGAUCACCCGCAUUUUCCCGCGUCACCCGUUCGUCCCCGUCGCGUUUCCCAAUCGAGUCUGACGUAGGUACUUGCUCACCUACAGGCGCAUGGCCCGGGGGAGGAGGUCCGUGGUGCCAGGAAUCUCUCACUCCCUCGAAUUUCUUCUGUGUACAAUUUUUUUAUUUUUUUUUUUUUUCAAAACUAUAGCCUGCUGACUUACCCGCCGUUCGUCUUUGAUAAUACGAUUUGUUUUACUUCGAUUGAAUUUUAUGCUAAACUGUGUUACGGUGUUACUUGACAGAUUCUGUUCCCAACUGGGAACCCUGUUCGGUUUCGUAGUUAACGACAUCCAAGAGAAAAUCGGACGUUUAAACGAUCUGAUGGACCAAGACGAACCGCACUACUCGACCGUACAAAGCAUGAUACUCUUCGAAAAAUGCAACGCCACACUGAUGGACAAUUCGGGGUGUAUAACAUUGUUGAGACUGCACCGCGGACUCGGUAACGUGCCUCUGAAAAUAUUGAAGUUUGAUAAUAAAAUUAACUUUUCAGUCGGCACUCAUCGUCACUCAUAACCGGAUUUUUUUGUAUUAACCGUUUUCAGAAUUCAUCAUUCUGUUUAUGUCCAAACUAAUUGAUCUCCAACCAACAGAAAGUACCACGUACAUUGCUCAAGGUGCAUACUCACAAACGUUGGCAAAACAUCACUCGUUUUGGAUACGUCACGGAGCUUAUUUGGCCAUGAAUUUUUUACCGUGUCAAAAAAACUUAUACCUACAAGUGAGUACCUACCUUCGAACUUAUUUAUUAUAAUAUGUCGCUGAUAAAUUUAGGUCUACUGUGAACAUUCAAUAACAGUAUUAAUAUUGUAAAAUAUGUAUAUCUACUUUUUAAACAAUUUUUAAUUGUCUCCAUACUAUUUUGUCAUUUUUUCAGUAAUUUAUUACUAUAACAAAGUCAAGUUUUAUACAAUGCAAUCAAAGUUUCAUUAUUGUAGCAACAAUAAUAUAUUAAUUUAAUUCACUUCUUUACAAUCAACACGAAUAAUUAUAAAAUAAUUUUAGACAUACUAUAUACCAAUAACAUAUAUUACUCAUUUUUUUUUUAGUUAUUCAAAUAAUAAAUAUAUUCUAAGGUAAAUUAUAUUGUCAAUUAUUAUUACUGUUGUUUUAAAACUGUUAAACAAUUUUGUAUUGCUAAAAUAUCAGUAAAUAUUUCAUUUUUUAAUAAUACACUUAGUAUAAAAAUGUACAUGUAAAUAAUUACUUUUAAUUAUAAGUGUUAAUAAUAUAAUAUGAAAAAAUUAAGAUAAUGAUCAGUAAGUGUAUAGUUAUUAUAGUUGUAUUUUUAUGUGGUUAAAAACACACCAAUGUCAAUGACUUGUUUAUUUUGACCUCAGUAUUUUAAAAUGUAUAGUUUAUCAAAUGUUGAUAAAAAAAAAAAAAAUAAUAUUUUCACUAAUCAAACAUUAUACUAUCAAUUGAUAUAUUUGUAUGUUUUUUAUUAUUUAGACUGUUGGCGAUGAAAAUAUUAAGGAAACAUUGAAUGCGAUGCCUGACAUGAUUGCAAAGGCCACCGAGGUCCACAAUAGAUUGAACACUCUAUUUUUAGAUUUUGAAAUUUUGAACUUGCCCUAAAAGCUGUAAGUUUACCGAACUGUUGUAAUAUUAACGGUAAUACAAUAAUUGUAUUAUUGUAAAGAAUGCUCCUUUUUUUGGUUUUUAAUAUUUGUAUAUUUUUCUUAUAUUAUCCACAUAAAAUAAGUACUUAUAAGUACUGAGUAGUACAUACUGCAACACGGGUAUUUGUGUUAUUCUUUUUAGAAUAUGGUAGUAAACAAAUUUGGUUAAAUCUUAUGUCAAAGUAAUUAAAAUAUAUAUUUUAAACUCAAAUUCAUUAUUGUUAUAAUUCUUACGACAUUUAACUAUAUAUUUUAAAUUUGUAAUUUUUUAUGUUUGUUAUUAAAAAUUGUAUUUUCGAAUAAUAAUAAAAAGUGUUUGUUUAUUAAAUUUCACUUCCUUGAUACACAAGUACUUAUUUGCGGAUAAGUACUACAAAGCGACCUAAAGUUUGAAGUAUUAAAUAUUAUGUAAAAUAGUCUAUAACGCUGUUGGUUUUUUAAAAUAGACAAAAUUAAAAACAACACUCCUCAGGUACCUAUAUCUCAAGUGUAUAACAACUACUUUAUUGUUUUGUUUUAGCUCAACUUACAUUCUUUAAAAACAUAAAAAAAACCGAACAUAGACUCAACAUUUAACAUAUUAUGUAAUUAAUCUUUUUUACUUAAUAUUUUUUUCUUAUUAUAUAGUAACAUGUGUAGUUUUAUUUUUAUAAUCUCUUUUAAUAACUUUGUUAAAAAAUUAAUAGGUAUUUAUUUAUUUAUAGUUAAUUGAUUUAAGGAUUUUGACUGAAGUUUUUGCAAUAUUAAAUUUGUAAAUAUAUUAAAAGAACUGUUAUCUAAUUAAUAAAUAUAUAUUGACUCAAUCUUCAGAAGACUGAUCAACAUGUAUUUUUUAUUAGAAUUUUUUUCGCUUAAUAAAUACAAAGUAUUUUCGUCUAAUGUUAGUGCUAAGAUAUUUUGUAACUAUGGUUUGUAAUACUAAACCUAAUAGACAAUAUCAUUGAUUUAUACAUAAAUUACAUAACUUAGUUCAUUAUACUUAGUCUAUAAGUGGCUGUAAUAUGUUUGUGUUUGUAAAUUAAGAAGCAUAGAUAGAACGGACUCUGGUAUCGGUAUAAUGAAUAGAAUUUACCUUAUUCUUAUCUACAUUUUUUUUUUUUAACUCAAAAAUCUAUAACACAAGUCAUAGUAGAACAUCAUAGUCCUAGUAUUGAAAAUAAAUUUAAAACGACUUAAAUUACACAUAAAUGAUUUUUAAGCUCUUCUAAACAAUUUAGUUUUUAGCAAUUGCACCAAAUAGCCUUCUGACGGUUGAUUAAUAAGUAUCACAAUAUUAUUGUAAAAUUAACAGUGUCGAUUAAUAUUCAUUUAUUGUACCUAUAGCCUUAUAACCUUAAAUUAAGCAAACCGUUGUGGUUCUCUUACUGCUACCAUUUUAGUUUUAUGAACACGUAUAAUUAUAAUGUCAAAUGGUACCCAACAAUGGAAAAGUUGAGAACUACUGGAGGUUAUAAUAUGGCCCAAAACUCGAAUUGUAUACACUAGG